CGGCGCGAAUGGCCGAAACCGAGCGAAAUGGAAUGAAAGACAAUCCAUCAAGUGUCACGUCCGUCAGGACUACAGAUCGAACACAGACCUGUGUGUGGUUUGCGUGUGAUUACUUGUGUGUGUAUGCGUGAGAGUGUGUGUGUAUGCGUGAGACUGAGUACGUGUGUGUGCACGAUGAGUGCUGCUGUGGUCCUGGAGGAGAUGCUGAUCAAGCGCUCGCAGCAGAAGAAGCGCACGUCACCGCUCAACUAUAAAGAGCGCCUGUUCGUCCUGACCAAGACCAGGCUCACCUACUACGAGGGCCGAGCCGAGAAGAGAUUUAAGAAGGGCUGUGUGGACAUACAGAAAAUCAGGUGUGUGGAGAUCGUGAAGAAUGGAGGAGUCGCCAUCCCCUGCCAAAACAAAUACGCAUUCCAGAUUGUUUACGAGUCCAACACUCUCUAUAUAUUUGCCCCAACCAAUGAGAGUCGAAACAUAUGGGUGCAGAACAUAAAAGAAGAGAUCAAGCACAAUUCUCUUAUUGUGCCAAAGUUCCACCCUCACUUCUGGUUGGAAGGCAUGUGGCUUUGUUGUCGGCAGGCUGAGAAACUGGCCCCAGGCUGUGAGGAAUAUAACCUACAAAGAGACAUCUCAAGGAAACCACUGCCCCCUAUUCCUGGUGAAGAGUCCUCCAAUGAGGUCCGUCGUCCACCCCCUCCACCUCCGCCUGAGGACGAAGAGCAGGAGGAGGAGUCCAAAGAGGAAGUGGUCAUCGCCAUGUACGACUUCAGGGGCCCAGAGAGCCAUGACCUCCCACUUAUUUGUGGUGAGGAGUACACCAUCUUGGAGAAGUGUGAUGUCAACUGGUAUAGGGCGCGUAACAAAUAUGGAGAAGAAGGAUACAUCCCUAGUAACUAUGUGACAGAGAAGACAUCAGACAACCUUGACCGGUUCCUAUGGUUCUGCAAGAAUAUAAACCGUGCCAAGGCUGAGGAGCAGCUCAAAAAUGAGGAUAAGGAGGGAGGCUUCAUGGUCAGAGACUCUAGUAGUCCAGGAGCAUACACUGUGUCUUUAUAUACAAGGUCAUCAGGGGAUGGCCUGGCUGUUGUGAGGCAUUACUACAUCAAGGAGACGCCAGGCACACCUACGCAGUUCUACCUGGCUGAGAGGCACCUGUUUGACACCAUCCCUGAACUCAUUGAGUAUCAUAAACACAAUGCUGCAGGACUGGUUGCCAGGUUACGUUAUCCUGUUGGAAAUCAAGGAAGAAACGCUCCAACCACAGCAGGAUUCAGCUACGAUAAGUGGGAGAUUAACCCGGCGGAGCUGACCUUCAUGAAGGAGCUGGGCAGUGGGCAGUACGGAGUGGUGCGACUGGGCAAGUGGAGAGCGCAGCACAAAGUGGCCAUCAAGGCCAUCAGGGAGGGAGCCAUGUCUGAGGACGACUUCAUCGAGGAGGCCAAGGUCAUGAUGAGACUCUCCCAUCCCAAGCUGGUCCAGCUGUAUGGAGUAUGUACACAGCAGAGGCCCAUCUACAUUGUAACAGAGUUCAUGGAGCUAGGCUGCCUACUCAACUUUCUCAGGCAGCGGCGAGGCAGCUUCAGCUUCGAGGACCUCCUCAGUAUCAGUCUAGAUGUGGCGCAAGGCAUGGCCCACCUAGAGGCCAACGGAUUCAUCCACAGAGACCUAGCGGCCAGAAACUGUUUAGUGAAUGAGUCGUUUGUAGUGAAGGUGUCCGAUUUUGGUAUGGCAAGAUACGUUCUUGAUGAUCAGUACACCAGCUCCAUGGGUUCUAAGUUCCCUGUCAAGUGGUCUCCCCCAGAGGUUUUCAACUUCUGCAAGUACAGCAGCAAGUCUGAUGUCUGGUCCUACGGUGUGUUGAUGUGGGAGGUGUUCACAGAGGGGAAGAUGCCCUUUGAGCAAAAUCAGAACCACGAGGUCGUUCUCAUGGUGACCAAAGGUCAUCGCCUAUACCGACCCAAGAUGGCCACACCCCCCAUUUAUGAGGUCAUGGAGCAGUGUUGGAAGGAGCAACCAGAGGAACGUCCACCCUUCUCAGAUAUCUGCGUAUUGAUCACUGAGGCGCUGGAGACCGACGCCCCAUCAACCCGAUCACCCAAUGGCUACCCGGGGAACUCCACAUGAAGCGGGUCCCACCUCUCUCACAGCACACUGAUUGGACAGCAUCAAAGGAUUCUUGUCUGACCAAUGAGAGUCUCGAGAAGUCCUACCGGACUGAAAACAGCUUUCUUCUGAGUGUGACACUGGACAGAGAAACUGACUGAAGCAACUCUUCCAGGACCCAAACACACACACACACAAACACACAGCAGAUUCUUCUUUGUCAUGCUAUGUCAUUCUUCAGCUUUUCACAAUUCACCGUAAUGUGUGAGUGUGCUUGCUGUAGCCAGGGAAAGCUUCAGUUAAAGGAACACAGCGACUUUCUGGGACUUUAGCUCAUUCACUGUAUUCCCCAGAGUUCGAUAAGUCAAUGGCUGUGUCUCAUUUGACAUUGUUAUUUGUACACAUUGUAACUAUACAAAUCACAGCAUGUAAAUAGGAAAAUGUUGGAGUUCUUUAGUCACUAUUGGGAGGUGUAGGCUAAUGGAGGCACCUGUGCUAAGCUAGCCUUGCGGUGGGUGCAUCAGACCGAGUAACUACACGCACGGAUAUGAGAAGGGUAUGUAUCGACUUAUCUAACUCUGGAGAAUACGGUGAAUAAGCUUAAGUCCUAAAGAGUCGGCAUGUUCCUUUAACUGGAAAGGGACUUGACCUAAAACCCUUUGGGCCCUAUCAUGACAUUCUAAAGUGCAUCUUCACUCAUCAAAAGUCUAUUCAAAUUUAGUAGGAUGUCCAGUUCACAU